AAUGUUUCGCAUGUGUUUUAUGAUCGAGCGUCCUGUUGGAGUAGUGAUCAGAGGAAAGCGUGAAGAGUUUUUUCCCCGUCUUCCUUCGACUCCUGAAUGAUCGUAAAAUGUCAGAGUUCCAGGAUCUUACAGGUACUAAUUUUCAAGCCAACAUUAUAGCUGAAGAACAACUUGAACAGACCCGCCCUUGUUCCAGUUGCUGCAUUGGUGAUAACUCAGCUCAGCUAUAUGCAGUUCCCUUUUUUGGCUUCUAUUUUACCUGCAUCAUUUUUCCUGUGGAGCUCCAACAACAUUCAGUGAGUAAAGAAGAGGCUUUCACUGAGCCACAGGAGAGGAGCUCCACGCUGAGCCAGGAGAUGAUUGAGCCUCUGCACAUCAAAGACAAACCAGAUGAACUGUGGAGCAGUGAGAAGGGAGAGCAGCUUCAACAGCUUGAAGAGACUGGUAUCAGCAAGUUCACUUUUGUUCCUGUAUCUGUGAAGAGCGAUGAAGAUGAAGAGAAACCUCAGUCCUCCCAGCUUCAUCAAAAACAGACUGAACAGUUGGAAGCUGGAGCUGAUGGAGAGGACUUUAGAAGACCAGAGGAAGCCAGAUGCCUUGAUCCAAACAUGGAAGUUAACUCAGAAUCUAAGGUCACAUCUGAUGACUCUUCUGAAGCUGAAACUGAUGACAGUGCUGAUUGGAUGGAGACAAUGGAACAUGGGUCGCAUUUAAAUUCAUUGGAAGAGAUGAAAACAAAGAGAGGAAAAGGACUUUAGAAAUCACAUAACUGCUCAGAGUGAAUGUAAAACUUUCUUUCUUUUUCACUUUACUCUUUUUGUGCAUUAAAAUUAUAAAGAAUAGAAAAAAUAA